CGUCAGUUAAGUUCGGCCACUAAAGAAAAAGAAUAUGGGGCGGCCUCUCUCUUUGCUCCAUCCACUUACAAACUUCAAACUCGACUUGCUUAAUGCAUCAUACUGCAACAACGCCGUCUCUUCCGAUGGCUUGAUUCCACGAUACCUUAUAUGCAUACAUUUUGCGAAAAGGACUACGAGUCAUAAUUCAUUCUCUUCCUUUUCUUGUUCUUUCCCUUGCGUUCUCUUGAAUUCUCUUCUUCCUGUCAGCUCUCUUUUUUUCAAUUAAACCUACCUAACUACCCAGUCGCCCCAAUUCGUCAGCGGUUGACCUUUGAUACAUACUCCGUACUCCGUAUUGUCUCACAAACCACCACCAUCACCCCACCUUCUAUCUCUCAAACCAAACCACCGGAUAUCAAUCCCAAAGUUAAAUCUACCGAAAAAUGGCAUACCUCCUCUACUCCCUAACCUUCGCCGCGCUCGUCGUCGGCACAAUCCUCUACCUAACGCGCAACUACUGGCUCUCUCUGCGCAUCUUCCAAUGCCGUCGACACACCUACUCCCACAUCCCAGGCACAUCCUUCGCCGACGACAUCGAAGCCGGUCUCUCAAGCGGUAAUUUCGAUCUCGGCGCAAAUGUUGAGGGAGGAGACGGUCGCGCGGGAUUAGACGACGAGGCGAAGACGCAAAUCUUGGCUAUUAUGAAGAAGCGCAGGAUGCGGUUUGAUGAGGCUAGAAGGGUGUACAUGGAGCAGAGGUUUAGCGCGAAUGGGAUUGCGGCGGAUGGUAGGCCGAAGGAUCCUAAGUUCGUUAGCUUUUCGUGAGCGUAGGCACGGACUUUGGAUUGUGGAGUUGGUGUGUGAUGGGUCACGUCUUCUACGUGUGGAGAUGUGAUGUGUCUGUAAUCGUGUAUAUGUGUUUGGUAUGGUAGGGACGGUAUGGAAUACUAGGCUGGUCGGUUGGUUGCUGGCUUAGAUCAGGCACGGAAGGGGAUGGGCUGGGUGAGAUGGUAUGGACGGACCGACCUAUUCAACUUUGCGAAAAGCGUUCGCGAUUUCCUUAUUACUGCAACUGCUUCACGGCGGCAUUGGCGUUUACGGAUAGGGAUACUUCAUUCCCUGGGACUAGUCGAAUUAUAUCUUUUGGGAUGAGCUCAACUCAGCAUACAGAGCCGUAUGCUCGAGUGUGUCAUAUCACAACAAUCAAGGGCCCUACAUUCGUGGCCUCAAAGGGGGUCACUUAUAGUACUCGUGGAAGCGACUACAGAGGAUGGUAAUGAAUCGAUCGAUAUCUACAUAUCCACAGCAAUUUCCUUGACUCAAUAUAUCUACAUCUCUGUCAA